CUCCUCUCGCUCUGCUCCUCUGGCUCUUCUGCUCUGCUCUGUGGCGGCUGCUGUUGACGUCAGCUCAGCGUCGAUUCGCCCAGGAGCCCGACCACGGAGCGCGAGCCAGUUAGUGCGUGCGUGCGAGCGAGAGAGAGCGAGAGCGCGAGAGAGAGCGGGCACUGCGAACUGCCUGACGGCCCCCGUGCCCUGCCUGUGUGUGUGGAGGCUCCCCGACAUACGGAUAGACGGAUAACCCCUACCCCAAAAACUCCCGCAAGUACCCGUGGGUCCUGUGUCUUGUUUACACCGUUAGCGAGGAGCACUGCUGAGCGGGAGCAAAGCCCAGCCUCAUGAGUGGGCCCCGUGGAUUGCUCCCACCAGAGACACCCCUACCGCUCAGAUUGCCAGCGCCACGCCAUGGACCUAACUAAAAUGGGCACCAUCCAGCUCCAGAACCCCAACCACCCCACCGCCCUGCUGCACAAGGCCAACCAGAUGCGUCUGGCUGGGACACUGUGCGACGUGGUCAUCAUGGUGGACACCCAAGAGUUCCACGCCCACCGCACCGUGCUCGCGUGCACCAGCAAGAUGUUUGAGAUCCUCUUCCACCGCAGCAGCCAGCACUACACCCUGGACUUUCUAUCGCCAAAGACCUUCCAGCAGAUCCUCGAGUACGCUUAUACUGCCACGCUCCAAGCUAAGGUGGAGGACUUGGACGACCUCCUGUACGCCGCAGAGAUACUGGAGAUCGAGUAUCUGGAGGAGCAAUGCCUCAAGAUCCUCGAGACCAUCCAGUCGUCGGACGAAAAUGACGUGGAGGUCAGCGUCAAUGAUGCCAGCACAGAGGAGGACGAGGAGCGCAAGGGCCACAAGAAUUCCCGAAAGCAUUCCGCGGAAAGCCACUUCCAGCAGGUGUCCGCCAUGUCCGGAAUGGUGGACCAGAGCCCGUCAGUGUCCACGUCUUUUGGAGUGUCUGCGUUGAGUCCGACCAAAGCCGCCGUGGACAGCCUGAUGAGCAUUGGGCAGUCCCUCCUCCAGCAAGGUUUCACCUCCGAGCAGAUCCUCCACGCCACCAACUCUCACCACCACCACCUCAUGCCCGAGAUCAAGACGGAGAUGAUGCAGGUGGACAUGGGCGGCAACGGACACGGCAGCCCGCACCACACAGAGGCGAGCAACGGCGAGCGUAGCAGCGACGAUCGGAACCGUGAUGGACCAGGAACGCCCACGAGGAGCAGCGUCAUAACCAGCGCCCGGGAGCUGCACUAUGUCCGAGACGACGGGAUGGGAGACCAGCCGGUGGAGGUCAGCCAGAUGGGGUUGGAAGCCAUGGCGGGGAUGACGGAGAAACACCUGGCGCAAUUCUACUCACUGCCGACCAAUCACAAGGCGGAGGCGGUGAUGUCGAUGCCCGUUUCCAUGGCGUCUGCGCUGCCCAUGUCCCCGGCUCUGGCGAUGUCCAUGGACUUCAGCGCGUACGGGGGACUGCUGCCGCCCAGCUUUAUCCAGAGGGAGUUCUUCAACAAGCUGGGCGAGCUGGCGGUGGGCAUGAAGCAGGAGGCGCGCAGCCAACACGAGCGGUGCAACGUGUGCGGCGCCGAGCUGCCCGACAACGAGGCCGUGGAGCAGCACAGGAAGAUGCACAGCGGCAUGAAGACCUACGGCUGCGAACUGUGCGGGAAGAGCUUCCUGGACAGCCUUCGUCUCCGCAUGCACCUUCUGUCUCACUCAGCUGGUGAGAAGGCCAUUGUGUGCGACCAGUGCGGUGCCCAGUUCCAGACCGAGGAGUCCCUAGAAGCCCACCGGCAGAUCCACACUGGCUCAGACAUGGCCAUUUUCUGCCUGCUGUGUGGGAAGCGCUUCCAGACGCAGACGGCCCUGCAGCAGCACAUGGAGGUGCACGCCGGGGUCCGCAGCUACAUCUGCAGCGAGUGCAACCGGACCUUCCCCAGCCACACGGCCCUCAAGCGCCACCUGCGCUCGCACACGGCGGGAGACCAUCCGUAUGAGUGCGAGUUCUGUGGGAGCUGCUUCCGGGACGAGAGCACGCUGAAGGGGCACAAGCGCAUCCACACCGGAGAGAAGCCCUACGAAUGUAACGGCUGCGGCAAGAAGUUCAGCCUCAAGCACCAGCUGGAGACGCACUACCGCGUGCACACAGGUGAGAAGCCAUUUGAGUGCAAGCUGUGCCACCAGCGAUCCAGGGACUACUCGGCCAUGAUCAAGCACCUGCGCACCCACAACGGCGCGUCGCCCUACCAAUGCACCAUCUGCCUGGAGUACUGCCCCAGCCUGUCCGCCAUGCAGAAGCACAUGAAAGCCCACAAGCCCGAGGACAUACCCCCGGACUGGCGCAUCGAGAAGACCUACCUGUACCUCUGCUACGUCUGAUCGCUCCACGGAAUGUAACCCGGAAGAGAUGGGUGGAAGAGUGCGGAGGAGAGAGUUGGAACAAGCAAAAGAAUGUUAGCAACGACGAGACUUGAAAGGGUUUCGAUUUUCAAUGAUAUUAGUUUUCCGAAAGGGCAGGGAUGGUGGCGGGGUGUUAGGGUGCUAAACUUAAAAGGAAGACAUUUUUUGGACAUUUUGGGGAAAGAGUCUCCAAGAAUAUGUUCGGAAUCAUCGGGUCAUUCACUACAUCUGCAACUGCGUUCUUUCAGUUUCAGGUCAUUUCACGCAGCUCCGCAAACGUGCUGUGUGGAUGCUGCUGCCGCAAGGUGGACAACGUUGAUUCUCAAGGGCUAUCGACGCCUUAGCACCAAUAUGUAAUUGUGAAUCCCUCCCAAAAAGAACAUUUCUUUUGGUUGUGUAUAGAAUAUAAUAGUAGGUCACUUGACUAAGUAAGUAGAGCACUGAUUUGCUCUAAAUGUAUCCGUAAUGAGGAUUUUGCCUCUGAAAGACAUGCAACCAAUUGUUGCAUCUCCAUGUUUAAACUGUAUAAAUGAUUAUAUUAGUGGGGUCAUCCUAGGGUGUAACGUUUGGUGAUUCAUUAUGAUUUAAUGGUAAUAAUUUGGACUAUUUUGACCACUGUAUUGUUAGAUAUGUAGCAAUUUCUAACAUUAAUUUGACUAAUAUCAAUUUGUAUACUAAAAAUCUGAUUUUUUUGUUAGAAUAUUUUCCAUAUAGUUUGUGUUUUAUGAGUUCCCCAAAAAUCUAAGUGAAACAAUUUUUUUUAACUAAUUCAUGAUAUUCCAGAUAAGUUCUUAAUGCUCUAUCUGGGCAUAAUCUGCUGUUUCUCUCUAAAUUUGUGCCAAAUGACUAGGCCCAGAUUCCUCCCAAUUAAAACCUCCAGCGUGCUAGCAUAGCAACAUGUGUAAGCCCCAGUGCGCGGUGCGGGGUGGCCCUUGAGAAUCCACUGCAGAGUUCCACGGCAUAUGCAGUAGACGAAACCGUAGAACUGGACAGAUGGGAGCACUAAUGUAAACUGCAAACCAAGCACCUAUUUGGUUUGGAGGGGGAGGACGGAGAUGCUGCUGUGUUCGUUGGAAUCCUCCUCCCAAGUUUUUAUUUAGAUGUUUGUUUUUUUUCUCAGCAGUCUUCCCUGGUCCUUCAUCUCUGUCAUAUCAAGGGCUGGAGGUGAGGUCGCCAUCUUGCUCGACGGUUCUCGCCAAUGAACCUGCGGCAACCUAUGGACUUCAGUUUUGUUGGAUAUUGUUUUUCAUCAUAUUUCGUUUAGCUCUGCGUCGUAGUUUAUCAUUAUGGCUUGAUUGCACAAACCGUUCACGACAACAGUCUCUGUUUGAUGUCAAAGGUAUAUAUUCUCAUCAUAUACACUAUUUACAGGACAUUAAACCCAGCCUAUUCACCUGUAUCAGCAAUAGAUAACCUGGACUGCUAUAACCCAAGUACAUUACCCGGAUCAUAAUGUCCACGAUAAUGAUGAACUAAGCAAACGUUGGUCACCACGGUUACACCCCAUUUGAGCACAUUGACACAGCCGAGGGAGCCCUGUGGAAUGGGACAGUGUUUGUACUAUGGGCUCAGCUGCUCACCUGUAAAACUAGUGAAGCACGGUGGAGACUGUUAUAUGGCAUUAAAAUGAAUGUGAAAGACUGUAAGGCCGGUGCAAACUCGUGCUUCAAAUGCAAACACCGUCAAAUGCUGCCUUUCCGAUGAAGACGAAUGGCUCCCAGGACGUACACAGCAUAUGUUCAGGCCUGUAGAUUAAUAUAAAGAUGGAUGUCUGGAUGUCGGAUGGACGUGACGGGGACAUUACAGCGACUACUGCCAUUUUGUAAAAGUGAAGCCAAGAAUUAGCUUACUCUUUUCAAAGCUAUCGUGUUGCUAGUUGGAAUGUAUCUAUGCAGACUUGACUAAAAUGCAGUUCAAAUAACGUAGGCACAAAGGCUGGCUAGCUUACCAAAAAUGUUAUUGGUAUUAAAAAAUGCCAUUUUGUAUGCAACAUAAUGCAUGGCAAGCAUCAGCUUUGCAGAGUUGAAAUGCUGCUAUGCUUAGGCUACAAGCUAGCUUGUAAAGGUUUACAUCGCUGAACUUGAUUUAGCAUAGUUUUAUCUUUGGCAUAAAAGGGUAUUUAAUUCCAGUAAUAUGCUAACUUAAGUUUAGUUCUGUUGAACAAUUCUCAUUCCUCCAAAUUUAAGCACAAAAAAGUUAACCAGGAAGCGAAGCAAAUGCUUUUACGGUUAAUUAUGGAAACAUACAAAAGAAAAAUAACAUAAUUCCUGGCUUCACUUUUCACUAUAUAGUUUACCAAACAUUUUUGCCGCGAAAUAUUAUAUCAUAACUUCGCCUUGGAUUUCCGCAAAAGGCAGCAUUUGACGUGCAUCAAAGAAACAUCAAAUUCCGGUUGGUACGGUGGACAUUUUACAGCAAUCACAUAAACAAAACAACCGCUGGAGGAGGGAACUAAUCACUGAUUGGACAAGCCAUUGGCCAACAGCAGCUCAGGAGAAUGGGUGAGGAGGGAAGGGCGGGGCAGGGAGGGGGAGAAAGGGGGGGGUCGGGGGAUGGAGCCGUCUGACUAGGAUAAAUCAACUCUUCCACUGUGUGUCCCCCGCGCUUCGUCUCCUCUCUUUUUAUUUUUAGAUUUUUUUUUUGUUUUGUUUAUUAUCUUUUUGAGUUUGAUCUCAACACAUUGUACUUGAAUUACCUCGUUUUGUGACCUCAUGUUGUAUUUUUUUCCCUUUUGUUUCAUAUGUUUUGCGAUGCAUUGAUGAUAGCGUACGUAGAGAUAUCGUAAGUGCCACAAUUGAAGAGAUUUUUAGUUUUGUUUUUUUUCUUUUUUUGUAAUUUUUGUCUAUUUCUGUGUGCAUUACUUGUUACCAAACUUGGUAUUAACCCCGCUUGUUACCGAGCUGGAAGUUUGGUCAUAUGUUAUACAAGCUACCUCUUUAUUUUUUGCGUUGCAUAAGCACAAGAGUUGUUGUGUUUGCAUUACUUCAUCAUUGCUACUUCAUCUCAUUGCUUGUGAGUUGAUUUACGAUUGUUUUUUAGAGUGUGUAUAUAGGCUUACAGUUAAUGGGGGAAGUGGUGACAGUCAGAAACUAUGGGAUCGGAUAUGAGCCAAAAUUAAAAAAGAAAAUACACAAAUUAUCUCCCCGGACAACCUCCAACAAACCAACCAACCGAUUUAAAAAGCAAACAAAAAAAGCAAUUUUGAAGCCUUAACAGUGAUGCGUUUGAGGGAAGAUUUUUGGAGGAUGUAUUGCCGCUUUUGAAAGAAGUUCGAAAGCAAGAAUCUAAACUUGAAAAUAUGUGAAUAGAAUUGUAGUUUUAUAAUGUGAAAACGGAAAAAAAAUGAGCGAGAAGGUUCCUCUUGAGAAAGCGCCCGGUUCUUGUUAGCUAUAGCGGCUAGUGCGUUCGGACAAUUGGAACUGCAAAAUGGUAAUCAAAAAGAUGUUUUUUUCUCAGCUCUCUACAAUAAAUAAGUGUAUUCCUGAACAAGAGCCAACAGAGGCAAUUUGAUAUAUAAAAAUUGUGAUAUUUUUGUAUUCAGUCAGUGUCAGUCCUUUUUCCAUUUGUGGAGGGUUAAAGCAGGGCACAACUAUUUGUAUGUCUCCUAUGUUUUUUACUUUCGAUGGGUGUGAAUCAUUUUUGGCCUUGCUCCUCUUUGAUAUUGUUGAAAAAAAAAAUGUUGUAUUGUAAAAUUAAGUGUCGCUUUUUCUGGAUGUCAAAAACGCAUUGUAGGUGAAGGACUAAAUCUAUCCGCCACAAAUUUUACAACGUGCGUGUGUGUUUCCGUGAAAUUUAAAAAAUACAAGACGGCAAGGGGGCGCUGUCGAGAUAACUCUUCUUAUCUAUGUCAUUUUUCAAUCAGACUUGACUUGUCCGCGAUUUUAUUUUUGUUUUUUGUACUUGAAAAAAAAAAAAGAAGGGAUGGCAUGUCCCGCUUGUGGUGUCUUGCCAUUUUAUUCUUAACACUGUGAGCCGAAAGGGGCGGGGCUAUUGUGUGAGCCCGCCCCCCAAAAAUCAUAUCCACCCCAAUACAAUAUCCCCAUUUGACAGUUGAGACUGAAAAGCCACAACGCGAAACCCGACCCAUUGUCUUUUGAAUGUUUUUUUUACAGUGCGGGUGUGUAACUGUGUGUGUGUGUUUCGGUGGAAAAAUGCACUAAUCAAAUCAGAUACAAAAUAAAAUGAUAUUCUAUGCCACUUUUUUUUUUCUCUAUGUUGGAAAAAACUCUAUAUAUUCAUCGGCAUUGAUAUAGUUCUUCCCUCAGUGUUUCUCUGAUGUUUCUGUACUAUCUUUGUGCCUAAAAAUGGAAGUUGUUCAACAAAAAUAUCCAUCUAUAUCUGCUUAGUUUUCUGUACUUUCAGAAGAAAAAUAUAAAUGGUGUCUACAGUUACCUAGGGAUGCCAUGACGCUCCAAAAUAACCCCACAUUUCUUUUUCUUUUUUUUUCUUUUUCUUUUUUUAUCAUGAUCAGAAAUGCUAACAAUAUAGCUAAUGGUUAUGUACAUGUAUGGAAUAAAUUGAAUACUCGCUCAAAGAAAUGCAAAUGAAAUCUUGACAGAAGCACUUAAAAGACAACACAAAUGAAAAAAUAUGUACUUACGCCAACUAAUAGCAAACGAAUAGCUUCCUCACGUUUCGUCACUGUUAGCUAUGUUAUUUUCAGCACUAGAUAAAAUGUUGCAGCUGUUAAACAUUGAUACGUCAUCGUUAAAUGAGUUGAUAUGAUUUAUAUUCUGCACCUAGUUUGCUUCAGUAUUUUCAAAAAAGUAGAGGAACUUACCCUGUUGGUCAGCUAUCGAUAUCAAAAUCUUACUUAAGCAUCUUGAACAUUAAACUUUUUGAUUUUUUUAAAUGUUUUUAUCAGUCAUGUUGGCAAUCCAAAUGAGUCAUAGCAAAUUAAAUAAGUGAGUAAAUGCAGUUGAAUUAAACAACACAACUGAAUUGGAGUAAUGCUUUUCUUAGUGAUGUCUUUCUAUGUAACUUCAAAAAAUUAGCCUACAACACAUUUUAAUACAUUGGUCUCACCUUUUUGUGGCCGAAAUUGCCGAAUAUUUUAUUUAUCUGUAAAAACAUUUUACUUUGGAUUCGUACAUCCAUCCUGUGUGUUUGAAUUUCAGCAACAGGUUUAUUGAUAACAUUAGUACAAAGCCCAAAAAGCAUUUCUCUGUUAGCCUUUCUGAUCCCCUUUUGCCAAAACAAAUUUCUUGGGUUAGUUUUUUUUACCUCUUUUGUUUUUCAUACAUCAUAUUUUUCAGAACUUCCAAUAUGUUUUUUGUUUGUUUGUUUUGGGUUUUUUUAGCCUACUGUCCUCUUUUUGUUUCCGUACAUACAUAACAUUUUCGACCUUUUUGACUCAAAGUGGGGAUGUUGAAUCAUGGCAUCCCUGGAGCUGGCAACUCUGUGUGUUUUUGGUGUGGUGUUUCCUAGAGCAACGUAGCCAUCCUUCAUGCAGUGUUGCAAAUGCAUGUGCCAUCCCAGGUCUACACUCACAAACUGUCUCCCUGCACCAACCACGUUUUCAAUCUCUUAGCACUGAGGACCAAUACCCGUCGGACCAAGCAUUUGAACUAAACGCUUUCUUUACCCUGUCUUUACCUGGCGUUGUCUGCUCUGCUCCAUUUGUCGCGACAGCACAAGUGCCAGUCGAGUUGUAUUAAAAAAAAAAAAAAAAAAACAGAUAGUGUUUUUAUUAUGAUUUGAAUUUUUCUAGUUUUUGUCUACCUCAGCACCUAAUCUUAGCCUAAUCUUAGAAGGUGCCCAAUUAUUAUGUUUUAGUUCAUAUUUUUUGUUGUCUCUUAUUGAUGUAUCAUUUAAACAAAAUUAAAUAAAAAAUUGCAUUAGAGCUUUGCAAAACUGGUCCCGUGUCUUUUCCAGCUAUACGACAUUGUGCUAUAUUUUUGUUACCGUGGCAGUACGAUUUUUUUUGUUGUUGUUGAGUUGUGCCACCGAUCUAUAGCCACCGUUUAAGAAUAGUUUUGUUUUUUCUUUCUGUUUAUUUUCCGAUGUAGAGUCAGACACAUCUCUUUGUAACAUUUCAGUGUUCUCUGAUGGAGUGUGAAAAAAUAAAAAAGGAAAAAUAAACCAUCUAAUGCUG